AUGAACACGCAAAAUCUUGAUGAUAUGCCUUUGGUUACAAAAUCAAAAAGAGGAAGAAAAGCUCAUGCAGUAAGCGAAGGAUAUAUAGACACAACUGGAAGAACUCAUAUCAUGACAGUUAGAAGGGCAAAUCCUCCGACGUCGAAAAAGAAAACAUCAAAGGCUCCAAAAGUUAUAAAACAAAGCAAUACGUAUUACAGACGGUGUGAGCAAAAUGAUGAAUAUAUCGACGUACUUAAUGAUCGAAUUGGCAAAUUAGAAAGUUUGGUAAAUAAGUUGACUAACGAUACAAAGCAAAAUAAUAAUACGCAAAAAAAUCCUCAAACGCUGUCUAAUAUUGGAACAGAAGAUCUUUUUAAUCUUUCAAAUCAAAUAAGUAUCGAACUUUUUGAAAGAUUUGGAAUGCAAAAUCAAAUGCAAGCUCAGAUUGCAACUCCGACAACUAUAUCAACACCAGAUAUUGGCGUUCCUUAUCAGUUUGUUAGUACAAUUCCUCUCUCUCAUAUUGGUUUAGAAGUUCCGUUAAAUCAAAUACAAUUACAAACCCAGCUGGUAGCUCCAACAACUACAUCAACAUCAACAUUCAGCGCUCUUAACGAACGAAUUGAAAGGUUAGAAAGUUUAUUUAUGCUUACUAAUACGAAAGAUCCUCAAUCGAUAUCCAGCAUUGGAACAGAAAACACAUUCAAUAUUCUUAAAAUACAAACUCAAAGGGAAGCAACGAAUCCCACAUCAAGUCCCUCAUAUGAAUUAGAAGAUUCCGCAGAUUGGAGUUUUAUUUUUCCAAAAUCCUAA